GGUACGAAGACGGCUCGCUAGGGCAGAGGGGUAACUAAGGGCUUUGAAUAGGUUUUGCAGCGUGGUCUAUCGUCUAAAACAGGAGAUAUUAGCUCGCCUUCGUUAUAUAGCAACCAGUUGCCAGUUACGUUUGAAUAAUAUUUGUAUAUCAAUGGGACCGAAGACCCAAGUACUAAGCCGGCCCCAGGCAGACAACAAGUUUCGGGGGACUUAACAGGAAGAUGUCUGCAUGGGACUGGGAGGCCGGAGAGAACUAUGUGAAGGAUAUGCUUCAGGGUCUAAAUCUUAGGAUGGAGGACAAGUGUAGACGGCGACCCCAAAGAACUGGGUUCCUGUACGACGACAGAAUGACUCGACACUACUGCUCAUGGAAUCCAGAGUAUACGGAAAUACCCGGAAGACUUCUGAAAUCAUACGAGAGGUGCCAAGAAUAUGGACUUGUUGAGCGAUGUCACAGGGUCCAGGCACGGCAUGCUAGCCAGGAAGAGAUGACCUUGUUGCACGAUGAGGAACUGGUGUUAAAACUCAAAGAGACUGCUUCCAUGACAGCUGAGGAGACGAAGAGGCUGGCAAAGAAAUACGACUACAUUUAUUUCCACCCGGAUGUGUAUGACAACAGCAGAUUGGCACUCGGGAGUUCCAUCGAGAUGGUGGACAAAAUACUUUCCAGACAGGUGCGGAAUGGCAUGGCUCUUGUCAGGCCUCCAGGGCACCACGCCAUGAGAUCAAAGUUCUGCGGCUAUUGUUACCUGAACAAUGUGGCCACAGCCGCCCAAUUUGCUUUGGAUAACUAUGGAUUGAACAGGGUGCUGAUCGUGGACUGGGAUGUUCACCAUGGUCAAGGAACCCAGUACAUGUUUUAUGAUGACCCUAGAGUCCUUUAUUUUUCCAUUCAUCGACACGAGCACGGGGUGGAAUGGCCAAACUUGGAUGAGUCAGAGUACACCUUUGUAGGUGAUGGAGCUGGGCAGGGGUACAACGUCAACGUGCCUCUCAAUGUGCACGGUUGUGGAGACAGUGAUUACAUGGCUAUUAUCCUGCAAGUCCUUCUGCCUGUGGCUUUUGAGUUUAGGCCUGAACUGAUUCUGGUAUCAGCUGGGUAUGAUGCUGCCCUUGGGUGUCCCGAGGGGGAGAUGCAGGUCACACCCGCGUUCUUUGCCCACGUGGUUAAUUUGCUGUCACCACUCGCUGAUGGACAACUUUGCUUAAUCCUUGAGGGAGGUUACUGCUUGCAGUCUCUCGCCGAAGGAGUGGCUCUUUCCCUUGCAGCGUUGCUAGGAGACCCAUGUCCACAACUGGCUCCACUGCUUGCCCCUUGCUCAAGUGUACGUGAAAGUAUCCUGAAUUGUCUGAAGGUACUACGUUGUUACUGGAAGAGCUUUUGUUAUCAAGGCUCCUUGGCGGAGGACAACAUCCCGGAAUUCCCAUCCUUGCUACAAUGGCCUGUUACGGUUAAUCAGGAUCGUUCUUCACGUGAAACUUUUUCACUUCUGGAGCCGUGCUUCGACGUGAAGCAGGAAGCGGUCAUUGCCGGCUAUGUGCAGGAGCUUGAGCGCUGGAUUGCUAACUUAAAUCGUCGGAAGACUAAUAACAGGGUGUGCUUGGGGUUUCAUGAGAAGUUGUUACAACACAGAAGCCUAAAGGAAGUGAACCAUCCCGAAUGUCCUGAACGGUUAACUUCUAUCAUGUCGACUCUGGAGAGAUGGGGUUUGCUGCACAGAUGCAUCUUACCACAGGAAAGGAGUGUUACUGAGGAGGAACUGUCUCUUGUGCACAGUUCUAGCCAUAUUAGGCGUAUGAUGAAGCUGUCUGCUUUGGAUGAAGAAGCUUUGAUGAAAUACCCAGGCACGUUUAAUUCCGUUUUCGUGUGUAAGGACACAUAUGCUGCUGCAAGCCAGGCUGUUGGCACUGUCCUGUCGGUCGUUGAUGCAGUCAUGAAAGAUGAGGCGACGAGUGGAGUGGCUGUGAUAAGACCUCCUGGGCAUCACGCUUGCGAAGGACAUCCCAUGGGAUACUGCAUUUUCAAUAAUGUUGCCAUCGCAGCUAAAUAUGCCAUGUCCAAAUUUAAUGUGAACAGAAUCCUGAUUUUGGACUGGGAUGUUCACCAUGGAAACGGUACACAACAGCUGUUUUCUCAUGAUGAGAGAGUGCUGUAUGUGUCGUUGCACCGUUUUGAUGACGGUAGGUUUUUCCCCUAUGGCAGUGACGGCAAUAUGGGUACGGUUGGAGAAGGUUCCGGCAAAGGAUUCAGUGUGAAUAUACCAUGGAGACUGGGUCGCAUGGGAGACUCGGAGUACAUUGCUGCAUUCCAACAAAUCAUACUUCCAAUAGCCUAUGAGUUUUGUCCAGAUCUUGUUCUUGUCUCCGCUGGAUUUGAUGCAGCAAGAGAGGAUGAUUUGGGAGGGUACAAAUUAAGUCCGCAGUGUUUUGCUUUGAUGACAAAUCUGUUGAUGGGACUUGCAAAUGGCCGCAUUGUCCUCGCACUAGAGGGUGGUUACAACCAGGAGAUGACAAGUGCUGGUCUGUGUCUGUGUACAUCUGUGCUAUUGGGAGAUACCUGUCCACCCCUUCCAGAGCCGCAAGCAAGGCCUUCGCCAAGCGCCGUAGAAACCAUGACAUCCGUAAUAGGCGUUCAAAAACAAUUUUGGAAAACCCUGUGUUUCUGUGUUGAUUUGCCCGAUGAGGACCGUGUCAGAAAUAUCGGCGGUCUUAACCCAAACAAAGACAACGCAGCUGAAGAAGGGAAAACCGAUGGCCUGUCGCAGGAUGAAGAGUUAGUGUGUCACACCCUUUCUGAUAUGACAGUUCGUAACAAGGGAGACGCCAAGGGAAGUUGUGACGAUAGGGCUAAGUCAACAUAUCGACAGUGAAUGAUUGGAGCUACAUGUAGUGCCCGGAGUUAGUGUUCAUCCUGUUUGCGAUAUGCGUGCACGAUCUCAGUCU